AUUUCUUGAGCAUUUCUUGAGCACUUGCCAGGUUGGCUCAGCGCCUGGCUGGGGAUUUUUGCUCCUCUCAGUUAAUCCGAAUGGGCACGUCCCAUCCCACCCCCACGCUGUCCUCUCGGUGUCCCCAUCUCAGGAAGUGGUCUCACAUCCACCCGUAGUAAAAGCCAGAAGUUGAGGGUCCGAGUGCUCCAGGCCGUUCUCACUGUUGGGGCUCUGUUCAUGGUCCCCCUCCCUCCAUAAGUUAACCUCCACUUUCCCAGUCGACCCCGGCUCAGAUGGCGCUGCCUCUGAGAAGCCCGUCCUGCUCUGCCCGCCCGGAGCGGGGUUCGCUGUGGCAUUGGCAGCAGUUGUAGUUUUGCAUUUGUGCUGGUGACUCAUCCAUAUCAGCCUGUGCACUCCAACAAGGCAGACACUGCAUGUGUUUUUGUUCACUCUUUGGUCUCUGGUGUCUUGUGCAGUGCCUGGUCCAUAGUACGUACUCAACAGUUUUCUUUGUUUUUUAACUGUGGUAAGAUGUACCUGACAUAAAAUGUUAUCCUAACCAUUUUCAGUGUACGGCUCAGUAGAAUAUGAAGUACAGUCACUUUGUACAACCCGUCUCCAAAAGCUCUUAUCUUGCAGAAGUAAAACUCUACACCUACUUAAAACAGUUUCCCUUUCCCCUUCCCUCCAGCCUUUGGCGCCAACCAUUCUACUUUGUGCUCCUCGAAUUAGACUGUUCUGGGUAUCUCAUAUGAGUGCAGUCAUUUGUCCUUUUAUGAUCUUAGCAUAAUGUCCUCCAGCUGCCUCCAUGUGGUAGCUUGUGUCGGAAUAGCCUUCCUUGUUAAGGCUGAAUAAUACACUGUUGUAGGGAGAGAGCACGUUUUACUCAUCUGUUCAUGUGUUGAUGAGCACUUGGUGACUUCCGCCUCUUGGUCAUCAUACAUAAUGCUGCUGUGCACACAGGUGUACCACUGAGGAAACACUAGGUAAAGUGUUACUCAGAAGUGAAAGAAUAAAACUGGAGCCAAGAUGCCAUGUGUGGUAUGGGACUCUGAAUUUUCACUGUUACCUAAAGAUUUAUUGUGUUUCCAGAUCUUGGUCUGCAGUGUCUUCAUGGCACCACCACCCUGUAUUUCCAGGAUUCUGCAAACACAAAGAGUAAAGCAGCGACCAGAGCACUUCCUCUGUACCUGGCAGCAGACCAGGUGCCUUCGUUCGGUUUACACACUGGAGGUGUCCCUCAGGAUGGCCCUGGAGGAGGCACAAUGAUUCUAUCCAGUGUGUGUCCUACAACCCUGUGACCCACCAGCUGGCAUCUUGCUCCUCCAGUGAUUUUGGGCUGUGGUCUCCGGAACAGAAGUCUGUCACCAAAUAUAAAUCAAGCAGCAAGAUCACCUGCUGCAGCUGGACGAAUGAUGGUCAGUACCUGGCUCUGGGGAUGUUCAAUGGUGUCAUCAGCAUACGGAACAAAAAUGGUGAGGAGAAAGUGAAGAUUGAGCGGCCGGGGGGCUCCCUCUCCCCGAUAUGGUCCAUCUGCUGGAACCCUUCCAGCCGUUGGGAGAGUUUCUGGAUGAACAGAGAGAACAAGGAUGCUGAGGAAGUCAUUGUCAACAGAUAUUUUCAGGAAAUCCCUUCCACUCUGAAGUCAGCAGUGUACAGUAGUCAGGGUAGUGAGGCAGAGGAGGAAGAGCCCGAGGAAGAGGACGACAGUCUCAGGGACAACAACUCAGAGGAUCAUAAUGACAUCCUGGCUGUGGCUGACUGGGGACAGAAACUUUCCUUCUACCAACUGAGUGGAAAACAGAUUAUGAGGGAACGAUCACUGAACUUUGACCCCUGCUGUGUCAGCUACUUUACUAAAGGGGAGUACAUUUUGCUGGGGGGGUCAGACAAGCAAGUGUCCCUUUUCACCAAAGAUGGAGUGCGACUUGGGACUGUUGGGGAGCAGAACUCCUGGGUGUGGACGUGCAGAGUGAAACCCGACUCCAACUAUGUGGUGGUGGGCUGCCAGGACGGCACCAUCUCCUUCUACCAGCUCAUCUUCAGCACGGUUCACGGGCUCUACAAGGACCGCUAUGCCUAUAGGGAUAGCAUGACUGAUGUCAUCGUGCAGCACCUGAUCACAGAGCAAAAAGUUCGUAUCAAAUGUAAAGAGCUUGUCAAGAAAAUUGCCAUCUACAAAAAUCGAUUAGCUAUCCAGCUGCCGGAGAAAAUCCUCAUCUAUGAGCUGUAUUCCAGUGACUCGUCGGACAUGCAUUAUCGGGUGAAGGAGAAGAUGGUCAAGAAGUUUGAAUGCAACCUGCUGGUGGUGUGUUCCAAUCACAUCAUCCUCUGCCAGGAGAAACGCCUGCAGUGCCUAUCUUUCAGCGGAGUGAAGGAACGGGAGUGGCAGAUGGAGUCUCUCAUUCGGUACAUCAAGGUGAUCGGGGGGCCUCCUGGAAGGGAAGGUCUGUUAGUGGGCCUGAAGAAUGGACAGAUCUUGAAGAUCUUCGUGGACAAUCUCUUUGCCAUUGUCCUGCUGAAGCAGGCCACAGCUGUGCGUUGCUUGGACAUGAGUGCCUCCCGAAACAAGCUGGCCGUGGUGGAUGAAAACGACACAUGCCUUGUCUAUGACGUCCACACCAAGGAGCUGCUUUUUCAGGAAUCCAACGCCAACAGUGUGGCCUGGAACACCCAGUGUGAGGACAUGCUCUGCUUCUCGGGGGGAGGCUACCUUAACAUCAAAGCCAGCACCUUCCCUGUGCACCAGCAAAAGCUACAGGGCUUCGUGGUUGGCUUCAAUGGCUCCAAAAUCUUCUGCCUCCAUGUCUUCUCCAUGUCUGCAGUGGAGGUGCCGCAGUCUGCUCCCAUGUACCAGUACCUGGAUAGGAAAAUGUUCAAAGAAGCCUACCAGAUUGCUUGCCUGGGUGUGACUGACACUGAUUGGCGUGAGCUGGCCAUGGAAGCCCUGGAAGGAUUAGAAUUUGAAACUGCAAAGAAGGCCUUCACCAGGGUGCAGGACCUGCGGUACUUGGAGCUCAUCAGCAGCAUUGAGGAGAGGAAGAAGCGGGGAGAGACCAACAAUGACCUGUUUCUGGCAGAUGUGUUUUCCUACCAAGGGAAGUUCCACGAGGCCGCCAAACUGUACAAGAAGAGUGGGCACGAGAACCUCGCACUCGACAUGUACACUGACCUGCGCAUGUUUGAGUAUGCCAAGGAUUUCCUUGGAUCUGGAGACCCCAAAGAAACAAAGAUGCUAAUCACCAAACAGGCUGACUGGGCCAGAAAUAUCAACGAGCCCAAAGCCGCUGUGGAGAUGUACAUCUCAGCGGGAGAGCAUGUCAAGGCCAUCGAGCUGAGCGGCGACCACGGCUGGGUCGACAUGUUGAUUGACAUCGCCCGGAAGCUGGACAAAGCUGAGCGUGAGCCCUUGCUGCUGUGUGCUCACUACUUCAAGAAGCUGGAUAACCCUGGCUAUGCUGCCGAGACCUACUUGAAGAUGGGUGACCUGAAGUCUUUGGUGCAGCUGCACGUGGAGACCCAGUGCUGGGACGAGGCCUUUGCUUUGGGCGAGAAGCACCCUGAAUUUAAGGAUGACAUCUAUGUGCCCUAUGCCCAGUGGCUGGCAGAGAACGAUCGUUUUGAGGAAGCUCAGAAAGCGUUCCACAAGGCCGGGCGGCAGGGAGAAGCUGUCCGGGUUCUGGAGCAGCUCACGCACAACGCCGUGGUGGAGAGCAGGUUCAGUGAUGCCGCCUAUUAUUACUGGAUGCUGUCCAUGCAGUGCCUCGAGAUAGCUCGAGCAGAUCCUGCCCAACAGGACUUGAUGGUUGGCAAGUUCCACCACUUCCAGCACUUGGCUGAGCUGUACCACGGCUACCACGCCAUUCAGCGGUACACGGAGGAGCCAUUCAGUUUCCAUCUUCCUGAAACCCUUUUCAACAUCUCCAGGUUCCUGCUGCACAGCCUGACCAAGGACACUCCCUUGGGCAUCUCUAAAGUGAACACACUCUUCACCCUGGCCAAGCAGAGCAGGGCGCUGGGUGCCUACAAGCUGGCCAGGCAUGCCUAUGACAAGCUGCAGGGCCUGAAGAUCCCUGCCAGGUUCCAGAAGUCCAUUGAGCUUGGCAGCUUGACCAUCCGCUCGAAGCCCUUCCACGACAGCGAGGAGCUGGUGCCCUUGUGCUACCGCUGUUCCACCAACAAUCCACUGCUUAACAACCUGGGCACUGUCUGCAUCAACUGCCGCCAGCCCUUCGUCUUCUCUGCCUCUUCCUAUGAGGUGCUGCACCUGGUUGAAUUCUUCCUGGAGGAGGGGAUUACUGAUGAAGAAGCCGUCUCCCUCAUUGACCUGGAGGCGCCAAGACACAAGCGGGAGAACAAAUGGCAGGAGGUCACAAGCAGCAAUGCCCAGACGCUAAGGCUGGAGGAGACCCAGGACUCCAUGGGAGACGACGACCCGUUCACGGCAAAGCUGAGCUUUGAGCAAGGCGGCUCGGAGUUCGUGCCCAUCGUGGUGAGCCGGUCAGUGCUGCGCUCCAUGAGCCGCCGGGACGUCCUCAUCAAGCGCUGGCCUCCGCCCCUGCGGUGGCAGUACUUCCGCUCGCUGCUGCCUGACGCCCCCAUCACCAUGUGCCCCUCCUGCUUCCAGAUGUUCCAUUCGGAGGACUACGAGCUGCUGGUGCUUCAGCACACCUGCUGCCCUUACUGCCGGAGGUGCAUCGAUGACUCAGGCCCGUGACCCCGAGCAGCGCCCUCAGGCCUGACUGCCGUCCGAAGCCACCUUGCGGGCUCCUGCGCCGCAGGGGAGAAAGGAGUCAAGCUGUCUGAGUGUCCCCUGCCCAGAUGAAGUUUGUAUUUUUGGGAGGGACUUUGUAUAUCCUUAGAAUUCCUAUUUUUGGCUUUUCUUGCCUUGUAAAUAGCACCCAGAGAUGGGGAGAGAGUGUACAUAUAUUUUCUAAGGAAAAAAAAAAUCUGUGACUUUGAGAAGGGCUCCGAGUUUUUGUGGCAGCCUGCUCGAGCCCACAGAUCUGUCAGACCGUCAGCAUGCACACUUGGCCCACAGAUUGCCUCAAUAACGACAAAUAAAAGGGCUACUUAUUUUCA